ACGUGGAUAAGUCCAGAGAGUGAAUAACUUCCGGUGUUUGAGUGAGAUCCGAUGCCGUGUCUGCCGCACUGCCAGCAAGAUGACGCUUGAGGAGGUCUUCCAAGAUAUUGGUGGAUUCAACCGGUUUCAGCUGCUUUUGAUUCUUUUCGUUUACGGCCUCAAGUUUUUUAGUGCUUGGAGUAUGCUGCUGGUUACCUUUGCUGGAGUUACCCCAGCGUAUAAUUGCUUGACCCCUGGAGAGAAUACCACCAACCUGACGUUCAAUCAGUCCAGGUAUGACGUCAUCAACGUCUGCAGAAUCAACGGCACCGUGUGCACAGACUUCCUGUUCCAGAGCUCACCCAGAACAAUUAUAUCUGAGUGGAGUUUGGUGUGCAGCCUGAAGUGGGUGAAAUCUUUGAUCGUGUCCAUACAAAUGGCCGGCGUCCUUGUGGGUGCGGCAGUGGCCGGACAGACAGGGGACACGUACGGUCGCAAGAACACCAUCUACUGUUUCUUUCUGCUCCAGUGGUUUGUGAACUUGCUGGGAGCCUUUUCUGUCAGUUGGCAAAUGUUCUGUGCGGUCAGAUUUUUCAUAGGGGCUUCUGUUGGUGCCGUUCUUGUGGCGUCGGUACCAUUUUGUAGCGAGUUUCUUCCCCUUAGAUGGAGAGUUGUGAUUGUGACACCUAUGUGGGCAGUAGGAGGGGGUGUGUUCGCUGGAGCUGCCUGGGUACUGAGGGACUGGUCUCAUCUACAUCUGGCCACAGCAGCUAUAUGUCUGCCCAGUUUGUUGGGAUACUUGUAA